AUGAACCUCGAACCACGCGGAGCGACUUUUGUUGAUGCCCUAGAACAUAUUGAACCAGACCAGAGCUUUGGGCCGGCCCCAAAUAUCGGCGCAGUCCGUCCUGCAAACUUCGCAUGGAAUGAGUUCCAUACGCUGAAGAUCGAGGUCGGUGUCUCUCGCGGCUGGGCGCUUUUGGAUCCUAAAGCCAUUCUCUGGGCAGCAUUCCCUGGCUACAAGCUCCACUCUGUCGAGCCCCCAGGAGGCAUCGUGGGGGUGGCGCCGCAGGAUGUCGCCCCCAUUGACAUCAAUGACGCGACGGUGGUGACGAUGGACUCGCGACGGCUUCUUGCUCUCCCUCCCAAUUUGGUACUGGGGCUCGAUGGAGCCGGCAAGACGAUGCUCUUGCGACAGCUUAGCCACACGUGCAAGGACGAAUUCCACAACCCCAAGCUCGGCUCCGUCUUUGAGAAGGUCCGCAUCCGCCUGUUCGCGGACUCUGCUUCUGCUGCCGAAGUCGACGGCAUCGACGUCGCGACCCUACCAACGACAGGUGUCCGUCAUCAAUCCUUCGCACAUGUGUGCGUCAACGUGCUCACAUAA